AUGAGGAGGUCAGUCGCGCAUCAGCGCAUCGUGCAGCGCAGCACCACUCCUAAACCUCUGCUUCUGUUGCCUUUGUCCUUCACAGACUACGUGCGGGAUUUCGCAUUGCACGCCGUCGCCGCAUCCCGCAAGUCACGUCUCCGCCGCGCGGUGUCGUUUUUUUCAGGUGGCAGGUGUCCCGGUGCGUCGUCGUCCGAACAACGUCGGACCGGACAAGCGACACUGUGAAGCUGCACUGUUGCUCUGCUGUUGCCCCGUUGAUUAAUCAUCUCUGCAGCAAACCGGGCUGGAAAUGGUGCCAUGCUCAACUAAGCGGCAGUUUUCAGAGGUUAGACUGUUAGUCAACAGAGGGUCAUAGCUACAAUCACAUCACCAACCCCCCUCCUCCUCAUCAACAUCCUCCUCCUCCCCCUGGCUGGCAAGAGUCGAUCGUCUGCCUGCAUUCAUCUAAGCAGCACUGAAGACGGAGCAAGUAGUGCUUCUGCCUGUGAGAAAGUGUGUGAGUGUGUCUGCACAUCAGUGGCUUUAGUCUUCAUUCCCCCUUUAGCCCUUUUAUUGUGUGUGUGUGCAAAGAUGUGUGGUUUUGUCAAGGUGGAGAGUUAAGAGGAAGACGGGAGCUCUUUAAGUCAGCAGCACUAUAGAGAGUGUGUGCAUAUGUGUGUGUGAGUUAAGUUGUUGACCAGGCUAUGAAGGAGAGCCUUUUGAUUCUGGGUUGAGGUGAGCAGAACAGGAAGAUCUGUAAGAGGAGCAGUCAUGGGGCUCGGACAGUCCAGCAAGACUCCUGUCACAGGCGAUACAGACGAAGUCAACUUUGACCAUUUCCAGAUCUUGAGGGCAAUAGGAAAAGGCAGUUUUGGAAAGGUCUGCAUAGUACAGAAGAAAGACACUAAGAAGAUGUACGCCAUGAAGUACAUGAAUAAGCUAAAAUGUGUGGAGCGGAAUGAAGUGAGGAACGUCCUGAAAGAGCUGCAGAUCAUGCAGAACCUUGAACAUCCUUUCCUGGUUAAUUUCUGGUACUCCUUCCAAGAUGAGGAAGACAUGUUUAUGGUAGUGGACUUGCUUCUGGGUGGAGACCUGCGCUACCACCUCCAGCAAAACGUCCACUUUUCAGAGAGCACGGUGAAACUCUACGUCUCUGAAUUAGCCCUGGCUCUAGGAUACCUCCGCAGUAAGCGCAUCAUACACAGAGACAUCAAACCUGACAACAUACUGCUGGACGAGCAUGGGCACGUUCAUCUAACAGACUUCAACAUCGCAGCUAUUGUAAAGGAAGACCUAAAAGCAACUUCUAUUGCUGGAACCAAACCAUACAUGGCUCCUGAGCUUUUUCAAAGCUUUGAAGGGUCCCAUCCCGGCUAUUCCUUCUCUGUUGACUGGUGGUCGCUGGGGAUUACGGCCUAUGAACUACUAAGAGGGCAGAGGCCAUACGUGAUGAGAUCCAAUACACCAGCUAAUGAGAUCCUCCAAACGUUCCACAAGGUCCACCCCAGUUACCCAGCAGCCUGGUCUUUGGAAAUGAAGUCUCUUCUUAGAAAGUUGUUGUGCAUAGAUGUCCAGAAGCGGAUUUCCUGUCUAGCAGAGCUACAGGAUCUGGACUACAUGUCAGACGUCAACUGGGAUGCUGUGCUUAGCAAACAGCUUCCUCCAGGCUUUAUUCCCAAUAAGCGAAGACUAAACUGUGACCCUACAUUUGAGCUGGAGGAAAUGAUCCUGGAGUCCAAACCACUCCAUAAGAAAAAGAAAAGGCUUGCCAGAAAGACCAGAGACCAUGGUUCGGAUGGGUCCCCUCAAAAUGGGCAGUUACAACAGCGGCUGGAUAAUGUCCAGAGAGACUUCAUUGUCUUCAAUAGAGAAAAGUCAAGAAAAGCAGUGGUGGACUCGUCCGAGCUAACCGUGAGUGAGAAGAAUAAGGCCAUAGAAGAUGGACAAAACAACAACGUUGAGCCAGCUGCCUAUUUAUCAGGAUAAGCUUCUUGAAUCCAGAUCCUCACCUCAUUAUUUGCACCUGCCUACAGCUUGUAGUUCAGCAAAUUACGUCCAGAAAUCUACAGUUCUAUCAGCACAUGCACUCACAGCUGGUUGUCUAUGUUAUUGCACUCCUAAGUAGUGUGUACAAACACAAAAGCAGCACUGUAUGUACUUGUGCAUCACAAUCUAUUCACAAAAGCUGCAUUGUUGAGAAAUCCAGAGCUGUGAAAUGGACCCCUGGAGCAGUAGCCAUGUCAGAGAAGUUUUUUGCUUUGCUGUCACCAAAAGGAUUGACUUUCAGCUGUGUUACACAUGUCAUCCUCCUUUAUAUUACUCUGGUGCUUUUUUGUCUGCCUAGCCUCUACUCUGGGCAGCAUGCUGAAUUGAAAAAAAAAAAGCCAGAUCUUUGCCAAAAAGAAGAAAAAGGCAUACCUGCAGAGCUGAGUCUAAAAUCUGAAUGUGGUGACACCAACUUUUGAGAAUAGAAACUGCUUUUAAAAAUGGUUACUUAGGAGAGUUCUCUAGAGUAGCUGACAAUGGAAACUAAAGGGUGAUAACAUCUACAUAAUAUAGUGUGCAUGGCAGAAGUACAAACAUUAUUUCUUGAAAAGUUGUAAGGUUUUCUAAAAUGCUAUAAAAACUUUAAUCCAAUUUGUUGAUUUUUUUUUAACCUUUUAAACAGACAAGUCCAAAGAAGCAACUGUCAGUGUUUUUAAUGAGGAACAUCAUUGUAUUUGGAAAAAUAUAAACAAAUUUAAAAUUUGAUUCCAGCAAACUAAAAAAAUGUUUAAAUUAAGGCAAAGAAAAACAACUGAGUUUAUAUAAUAUAGACGCAACACAACUCUAGAAGAUUUAUACAAACUAACCUGCUGAUU